CUGAGGGAUGGCAAUCGCCCCUGAAGGCCGGAGGAGGGGGCCCAGCAUCAGCAUCCAGGCUCCCUCCUGCAUCCCUCCUGCAUCAGCACCACCAGGAGCAGCACCGCAGCCUCCCCCGCCUGCUGCAAAGGCAGGUAAGCGCCGAGCUCAGGAACCCCCAUCUCCUCCCGGGAAGCCCCGCGCUGCGCCCCGCUGCACCCGAUCUCCGCGUCCCUCUCCAGCGGGGCGCCACCUCUCCACCAGGGGACCGUCCGGAGCCUUUGCUCCAUCGUCUCCCAAGCUGCCCAAAAUCGUCCGGCAGCUUCUUCUUGCCGUCUCUGCAUCCCUCCCUCCCUCCCCGCCGGCCUUUCCCCAAUGCGCCUCUGACUCCCGCAUCCCAGGGCUCCCCGCUCCCCAUCGCACCCCCUGCGCUGCCACCCGCCGCUGCCUACACUCUCCAACCACCCGCACCUUUCUCCGUGCGCUCCGCGCGGAUCCGGCCACCACCACCCCGGCACCCACAGCCUCUCCUACCCGCCGCCCCCCACCCCACCCCGCGCCCUCGCCCAUCCCGAUUCUCCGGCACGCUCCCUGCAACUCAACUCCUCCGCCCAACCCAGCCUCCCCGCCGGUGCGCCCUGGCGCCUUCUCCGAGCCCCUUUCCCACGAGAUCGCGCCCUGCCUCUUCGUCUCUGCCCAGCCGCGCACAGUCCAUCUGCCUGCCGCCGCCUCCUCCUCCUCCCUCUCCGGCUCCUCUCUGAAAGCCCUGCAACCUCGCUCCGGGCUCCCCUUCUCCUGGAACCUUCCAAGCCAUCUCCACCCAGCCCCAGAGACCCACCUUCCCGUCCCCUCCGUCUCUCCACCCACCCGGGCCCUGGAGCUUCUCCAGAUAGGUAGGUCGACCUGCCGUGAUGGCCAGCGCUGGGGAUCUACAGGGUGCCCCACCGCCAAAGCUGGGGAGGCGCCUCUAGCCUCUAACCCCUUCCCCAGGCGUCUGUUUCAUGGAAGCAGCAGCUCACCAAAGGCCCUCUCUCUGUUUCUCCAGCGGCCUCUCUCCUCCAGAAUCGUCUUCCUUCUGCCCAUUCCCCAAGCACAGAGGUCUUCCCCCUCUUCCCACAUCCCCUGACCAACCUUGUUUGUAGCUCUGCUCCGCUGUCCCUGGUUACCCUUUGAGCCUUGGAUGCCCCCACUUAAAGGAAACCCAAGCAAUCUUACCCAGCUCCACCAGACCCCCUUUCCCCACCAAGUUCUCUUUUCCAUUUUGCACACCCGAUAAUUUACAGCGUGCGCUCUCCCCCCCCCCCGACUUUGUUCCCGUCUGGGCCCCCUAAAGACCCCCAAACACCCGUUCUCCCUGAGCGCUGUCAAAUUUCAACAUUGCUCACAGGCGCAGCCGACAUCGGCUCCAUCAUUCUGCCCAGCCGUUCCUCGCCCCUGCUUGGCUAAAGCAACCCACAUUCUAUCUCUAGGCAACCCCCUCUGCUCUUUCCUUUAGGGAACCUGCACCCUGUUCCACCAAGAAACCUAUGUCACUCCACCCAAUGCUACUCCAUCAGAUUUUUUAAAAACCCACAGCCCCCUCUAGUUUUUUCUUAAUUGGCCCAUACCCACAAUUCCAUCCCUUUUGCCCAUGCUACUCAAUGGCCCCCAGCACUCUUACCUCUAUGGUCUCCUAGAUUCCUGCUGUUUUGAACCUGUGCCUUGCCACCAAAUCUCUUUCCAAACAGCUUCUUCUUGUGCGUCUUGCACCCUGCCUGAUUUUUCUUCAUUACCCUUCACCACACAGUCCUAUGAGCAUAAGAGUCUGAGGCUCCGACCCAAACCCUUAAUAUAUUGUGUUAUCAAUAUAUUCCCAUGGGUUGUCUUUUCUGCACCUCGUAAUACAACGAAACGGUGGCCUAACAUUUUGCAGAGUGGGGUCUUAGCAGAAGCAGGAGAUCAGAAUGGCAGGUGCCAGUUUGACGGUGCGGGGACGGGAUUUCAAAGUAGAUGUUGCAGGGAGUGGAGGACCAAUGUGGAAACAUAGCUGAAGAGAAUCCAGUGCAAGUGUUUGGGAGAUGGAAAUACAUGAUGGCUAAGAAAAAGGAAGCAGGAUGUUGGUUCUGUUAAAAAUGGAGGUGCCUAUAGACAAAGAAAGUAUCAGGCUAUAAGGCAUCAUCACAUUAUAUAUCUCCCAAAGGUGGAGCGUUAUUAAUAUGUUGAUUAAAAAUUGGGAGUCCUUUAUUAUGUGUUUCCAGGCCUACCUUUCCUAUCUGCAAGCAGCUAUUGUAUUACAACUGAAGUAAGGCUAUCUAUUGGAUGGGUUAAUGAUAAGAUUAUAAUUUGUGUGAUUCCCACUUUCAUUCUCCCAAAUUCAGCGAUCACCCAUAGCUAUAUUUAAUACAGCUCAGGUGCAGGUGUGUAAAAGAAGGUGAAAAACAUAGACUGCCUGUGUGUGUGUGUGUGUGUGUGUGUGUGUGAUGCUGUGGUCAGACACAUGUUAGGCAAGCUCAUAACAAUCAACAUGCGCCAUCCCUGUUUCACAAGCGUGCUCCAAGCUGUGAUGUACAACCCAUUUGCACAAGCAACAGUAAGUGCUGCACUUUCUGCUUCCCGGGGGCAGGAGAUAAUGCACGUUCAUUGACCGAGAUCCAUUCUUAUGUGCAUAUUUGUCUGCAUAUGCAUUGCAGUACAAAGGUGUUAUAAUAUUGCACAAAGGUUUGCAUGCAGGGCAGCCGUGCAAACAGGAGGGUUAGUCACACGUGCAACAUGCGCAUGACCACUCGCAAAAAUGCCAGAGAUGACAUGCUGGUGUAGGCAGCUGUGACAACAAGUGUUGUAUGUGCAGAAGCAUGGGAAAUACCAAAGUGUCAUCUGUUAGGGCAAGUAUGUAGGCGCUACAAGCUUUUUGUGUGUGCGCGCACAGUUAUACUGGAAUGUGUAUGUUGCAGGUGGCUGUGGUGUGGAAAGAAGUAUAGCUGCACUAGGUGUGGGGUGCAUGUAAUCAAUGUGUCAAGAUGAACAUGGAUGAAUAUGGUGAGAUUCUAAACAGAUUGAAGUCUGACAGGUAAAAACAGUCUUUUCUAGCCCAGCUGUGUACAUAGAAGCAGGAGAUAAUGCACUUUCAUUGACUUAGAUACAUUCUUAUGUGCAUAUUUGUCUUCAUAUGCAUUGCAGUACAAAGGUGUUAUAAUAUUGCACAAGGUUUGCAUGCAGGGCAGCCGUGCAAACAGGAGGGUUAGUCACACGUGCAACAUGCGCAUGACCACUCGCAAAAAUGCCAGAGAUGACAUGCUGGUGUAGGCCAGCUGUGACAACAAGUGUUGUAUGUGCAGAAGCAUGGGGAAAUACCAAAGUGUCAUCUGUUAGGGCAAGUAUGUAGGCGCUACAAGCUUUUUGUGUGUGCGCGCACAGUUAUACUGGAAUGUGUAUGUUGCAGGUGGCUGUGGUGUGGAAAGAUGUAUAGCUGCACUAGGUGUGGGGUGCAUGUAAUCAAUGUGUCAAGAUGAACAUGGAUGAAUAUGGUGAGAUUCUAAACAGAUUGAAGUCUGACAGGUAAAAACCAGUCUUUUUUCUAAGCCCAGCUGUGCUACAUAGAAGUUACAGCACAUGUGUUGGAUUUUGUACAAUGGUUUUUGUACAGAUGUGGUUCCACUUGUGCCAACAUGUGCCCACGGUUAUAUUUGUUUCUUUGCACCUUCUGGAUGAGCAUGAAAUCUUAUGUGUCACAUAGCUGCAUAAGAAGAGGAUUGGAGCACCAGAGGUGGUGUUUGCGCUGCGCAUGUGCGGUGGUGCACUGUUUUGGUUUGCAUGCACAUGCUCACCUUUGCUAGUCAUAGACCUGCAAAUAAGUUUGUACACUGCCCAUGGGUUUGGCAAGGCCUGUUGUGAGUGCAUCCUGUGCUAUUGCAUGCAGAGAUGUCUGAGUGCAUGCACAGAAGUCAGAACCUGUUGUGCUUUGUGAGCACCACCACCCAUGUCCCAAUCUUAGCAGUGUGCAACUGCGUUCAGGGUCUGUGAAUGUACAAACGCCUAAACACUAGUGCAGUGUUGGUGAAAUUCUAUAUUCUGCUCCCCAGAGAUGCAAAUCCUUAAAGCAAACUAAACUCAUGUUAUGCUACUGUGAAGUUACAUUAGCAUAGUUUAGGCCAGGCUUCCUCAACCUUGGCCCUCCAGAUGUUUUGCGACUACAGUUCCCAUCAUCCCUGACCACUGGUCCUGCUAGCUAGGGAUCAUGGGAGUUGUAGGCCAAAAACAUCUGGAGGGCUGAGGUUGAGGAAGCCUGGUUUAGGCUAAUUUUACUUCUUCUUCUCUUAAUGUUGCUUCCAUGGGAGAAGAGUUUCUUCAGAUAACCUACCAUGUUUGACAGCAAAUGGGGGAGAUGACAAGCUGAAAGGGACGUGGUGGUUAUUGUGGAGGGGAAUGUGGCUUUUCCCUCCCUUGAAUUCAUAGUGUUCACUAGACACUAGUCGUGAAGGUUAGAAAUCUACUGGUUUUCAACAAAAAAAUAAAAGGAGCGGGAGAUGCUCAGAAUGUCUACUACUGUGCCAGAGUCUGGAUUCUGAGCUUGUUUUAUGUAUCUCCAAUGCAUGUGUUCUUAUAUUGCUCAUGCUGUCUAUGAGUGUGUAUGUGAGAGAGGGGUGGGGGAAUGUGAACGUUCAAUCCUUGGUGUCUCUUUCAUAGCAGCCUCAAUAUCCAUAGAUGUAUACAUAAAUGUCUCAAUCUCUCUCCACUUCUCAGGUGUAAAAGCUGUGUAAAUCCAUGGGCCAGAAUUACCGUCUGCGGUCUGUGGUUGCACAUAAAAGAGCAGAGCAAUCUAAUGCCAUCCACAAGCCUCUGACCAUUUUGUCUAUAUUUGUGCUGCAUCCUAGACUUUGUGUGUCUGUUCCCCUGACCAGCUGCUAAUAUGAGUUCUUAAUGUCUUCUGAAAGCAUGAGAGUGACUGUGCAUGUGUGGGCCUGUCUUGGCCUUGGAAACUAUAUUUUUUCAGAAUUUGUAAGAUUAUGGGGAUACUCAGAUUUCGCCACCCCCAUUUGAUGGGCUGUUUGCUUCCAUUUGUUUGGCUUGGUGGAGAAAGAGGGUAUAUUAGGCAACGAGAGUGACCUAUGGCACGUCUCUGUUGAGUAUUUUCUUGCAUGUUUUUAUAUGCAGAGUUUGAUUUUGGCCAGGAUUUCACGUUGCUCAACCCUAGAACUUAUCAGUGGCAAGGUUUGGCCCUUGAAUAGGUGAGAGCUCUUUUCUUUUUAUCCGUUCGAAAGCAUUUCUAUCUUACGAGCCCUGCUCGCAUCUUUUCUAGGCACUUCUAAGGGAAUCUGUUUAUCUUGUUGUUCCAGGGAAACUGAACCUCUCCAACUGGAGAUGGAAUAUGGGCAUAGAGGGAGGGAGAGAGAGAGAGAUGCUUUUAAGUGCUAAGUCCAUCAUAGACAAUGGGCUUCUGACUAGUUUGAGCUGUCGUUAUUGAAUACCUGAAGCCAAGCCUCAUCCUGCACCUUCUGCCUGGCUCGCAGGAAACUGCCCCUUUGGACAAUAUACAGAGCAUCUUUCCCUAAGCAGCGAGGCACUUCCAUGUACCUCUGGUGCAGUUAGGUAAUUUUAACCUCUGGACUUGGUGGGAAAUGGCUCUUUAGAUGUUAGCAUGAACUACUUCACUUACUUCAAAAUGUGGCAAACCAGCUCUGAGGUGUUUGGGGCCCCCCUGCUUGUUCUGCUGUGGGGGGCUAGGAACAUUUGCCGCAGAGUCCUGCCCUGUUGGUACCACUGCCUGUGGGACUUAAUGGGGAGGACCUCUCCAUCAAGUCUGGAACCACUUCUAGAUAGGUUUGAUUCCCUCAGCUCCCAUCUUCUUAAAAAAAUAAAAUAAAUCUGUUAUUGUGUUCUUGUUCCAGAGGAGGUGAGCAUAAAACCUCGUCCGCCACAGUAGAGUUGUAAUUCUUAGCUUGUUUGUAAUAUUGUCCAACAUUUCUCUGAUGAAAAUAGGGAUGUCCUAAACAAAAGCAGGACAUUCCAGGAUCAAAUCAGAAACCUGGAUGGUUUCUGUAAAUCCGGGACUGUCCCUGGAAAACAGGGAUACAUGGAGGGUCUGUGUAUGUGUGUGUUAAAUUUGAAUGCCUCUGUGCAGAAGGGGGGGAGUAUUGGGUCUAGACCGUGGCUUCAAAUUCCAGGGGUUAAACAUUAGCAAGAACUAUUGCUAAGGGGAGUUCAGCAAUGGAACAGAGUGUUUAUGGAGCUUGUAGAAUCUCCUUCCUUGGAGGUGCUCCAAAAAAAGAUGCCACAAUUGUUCUGCUUGGGAAACCUGUGGCCCUCCAAAUAUUGUUGGACUACAUCACCCAUCAUCCCUGAUUAUUAGCCAUCCUAGAGGGAAGAGUUAUGAGUGGCCACAGUGGGUGUUUGUGAGACUGAAUGAGUGAAAUGUCAAUAUAAAUCCCUGUUUUUCCUAGAGGACCUAUUUGAGAAGAGUAAGGAGUGAUGAGCCAGCCCCACACCUUGACGUAGCUGUCAAACUCUGGGGCCAUGGGUGCCCCCUACACCAUAGCUGUCAACGUUUCCCAUUUUUAAGGGAAAUUCCCUUAUUCCCAAUAGGAUUCCUCGCAAGAAAAGGGGAAAGUUGACAUCUAUGCCCUACACUCUUUCCUCUACCCUAGCAACAUGGGUGCCAACUUGAUAAAAUAUUGGGGGGGGGCCCUGCAUAAUCAAUCACAAGAUGUGAUGCACAGGCACCAUUUUAAUGGCAAUGCCCAUCGACAUUUUGGGGAGAGGGUCGAAAACCCCUCACCCCCUUGGAAUUGGCUCCUAUGCUUAGUAACAACAGGGGAGGGGAGUCAGCAAACAGCGUCCCUGAUAGUCUUCCAUCGCCAACCCUCUAGUAUACAAUAUGCAACGGACCUUUAAACAAGGGGCCCAACUAUAAGCCGGAUGCCUGAGACUUGGAGGAAGCCCAAGCUAGGCCUCAGCUGUGGAAACACAGGGGUUCGCUCUGCUCCCUCUGAGACAGCUGCUUAGUGUUUAUUUUUUAAAUUUCCGCUGUCCCGCAAACUCUCAAGGAUCAUAGAUGAGCCUUGGGGUCAGCAUCAAGCCCUUGGGAGACCAAGCUGUGUCCCCCAUAGUGGUUUGCCUGUCUGGCUGUGGCCCUGGUUGCCCACAGCUAACCACAGGGCCUUGCCUUAGGCUACUUAGUAAGGCCAUGGCUGAGUUAAAAUGUGAACCAAGGUUGUCUUGCAAGGGAACAGGGGAAAGGUAGGAGAGGUUGCAGAGAAAGAGUAUAUCUGCAUUGGCCCAGGAACAAUUAUUCUGAGAGGAAAAACAAGGUUUUGAGGAAGAGCUUGGAAUAUGGAGGCUGUUCCAGGCAGAGGGAGCAGCCUGGCAGAAGGCAAAGAGGCAGGCGUGAGGAGGCAACAGAGGGACGGCGGCUGUGACGGCAGGGAAAGCGUGUGACUUGAUUAAAACGGGGUAACAUUUUAGGACACAGACUUGAUUCCCAGCAAGCAGAGGUGGCUGCAGUUUAUUCAAAGCGCUGCUGCUACUGCUGCUGCUUCCCACGCCAAGUUAGGUUCUCUGUCUGGAGUGCAAAGCAGUGCAAGAAGGGAAAAGUAGAGGAGGCAACGCGUUUCAGUGAGAGCACAGAGUUUGCAACGGGGGUGAGGAAUCUGUGGUCCUUUGAGUGUUGCUGGAUGGCAGCUCCCAUCAUCCCUGACCAUUGGCAACAGGCAGGCUCUCCAUCGCUGCUUUGCGAAGAUGUUCUGCGGCAGUGUUUCGUUUUGCGGAGGAUAAGGUUAGCAGUGGCUACUCCUGGCCACAAUGGCUAGCUUCUGCUUCCAUUGUUGGAGACAGUAUGCCUCUGAAUCCCAGUGGCUGGAAACCGCUGUCACACCUGUUUGUGGGCAUCACAAGAAGAUAGACUAGAUGCCUGAUCCAGAAGGACUCUUCUUAUCCCUAGUUGCAUUGAGAGAAUGGGGCAAGGGCAUUGUUAGAAACUCAGAUAUAUAAGCUGGGUGCCAAAUAGCUCCUUAAACCGAGGUUGCAGUCGCCAAAACAGAAUGUCUAGUUGCCAUUUUGGGGCAAGAUGGCCAUAAAGUCUUUUUUUCAAACGAUGGACUAACUGUGAUUGAUUCUCCAUUAAACACCUGGCUUGUUCUGAUGACAAUCUUGAGCUAGGUAAGAACUUUGAGAAGCUAAAGAAGGAAAGUCACUUAAUCCAGAGACAGUCCACAUAUAUAUUGGCCCAUUCCAACCUCUUUUUCUUAAUGGUGACAUGGACCACUCAUAACAUAGGAAUAUUCUUCACAACUGUGAGCAGCAGUGCAGUAUUGGGGAGGGGCAGGUUUGGUAAGUGAAGACAAGUGACAACAAUUAACUAUAUAAUGUUGUUCCCCGCUCCUGCUCAGGCUGCACAGAAAAAUACAAUUUGGUUCCAGAAAUUGAUUCUGAUUGUGCAGAUAAAAUAUAGCAGAUAGAAUUCUAUGUAAUAGUGUGGGAAAACAGUCCAGAUCCAAUGAUCCCCAGAUGGUGGAGAUGUCAGUCGUAAAUGGUCAAAAGACUUCAGAUUAAAACUGCAGAGUGGAAGGACCAGGAGGACUCUCUGAGCAGCUACUCUCUGAAGACUGAAGAGACCCGCUUAAAAAAUGUCUAGGCGUGCCUUUUUUAUAACAAGAAUACAAAGCUGAAAAUGAAUGAACUGCAGCUAAAAUAUCAUGUUAAUUUUUCUUGUGCUCUAGUCCUUCUCCUGCCCACCCCCUUAAUAUUCUUAAGAGGGUCUCUUCUCCAGUCUUCAGAGAGUAGCGGGAAGUAGGGGAGGCAGAAAAAGGUCCUCCUUUCCUUCCACUCUGCAGUUUUAAUCUGAAAUCUUAGUGUUGUGCCCAGAGCUCAGAAACUGCUUGCGCUAAUGGAAUUCCCUGUCGCAAAAUGCGCCGAGAACAAUGGGAGUUUCGAACACUGGUCAUAGUGCGUCACAGGCUUGAAGGGGUGAAAUAAUCAAUGGCACUGUAUUAAAUUGCACACAAACUGGAAGUCAGUGGCAUCAAUGAGAUGUUACACUGCUCCUACAAGCGCUGCACCCAUGAGGGAGUGUCUAAAGAUGUUCUGUCUCCCUCCAUUGCUUUGUGAUCAACGGAAGUGCCUUUCCCCAGUUUUAGCUGCCCUUGCUGUUGCUUCUGGUUCAGUUCCAUCCCCACAACUCAUCAGGUCACAUCCACACAAUGCCUUUAAAGCACAUGACUUCCCCCAAAGAAUUCUGGGAAGUGUAGUUUAACCCCUCACAGAGCCACAGUUCCCCUAACAAAUUACCAUUCCCAGGAUUAUUUGCAGGAAGCUGCGUGCUUUAAAUGUGCUUAAUAUAUAUAUGCAAACCCUCCAACAUUUCUCCAAUGGAAAUAGGGGUGUCCAGUGCUUUUUUUUUUCUAGAAAAGAGGUGCCAGAACUUGCCACAAACACCUCUUUCAUUCUCUUAGAAUGGCAAUGACGCCCAGCUGAGAGGUUGCAGAAUUGAGUUCCGGCAAGUUCUGGCUGAAAAAAGGCUCCGAGGAUGUCCUAUUCCAUACCCUCCAACAUUUCUCCAAUGAAAAUAGGGACAUCCUAAGGGAAAGUGGGACAUUCCAGGAUGGCUUCUGUAAAUCCGGGACUGUCCCUGGGAAAUAGGGACACUUGGAGGGUCUGAAUACGGUGUGGAGGUGAACCUCAAUUCUCCACCUUGCAUAUAAGAAUGUAGGCCCCUUGCACAGCAGCCAUGUUACUUAAUAGUUCUGUACAGCACCUAGUGCAUCCUGGUGAAAUUAAUGCUGAGUCAAGAAGAGUGUGGAAACAGCCUCCCUGGCACCAAGUUAAGCAGACUUGCAUAAUUCAUAACUCAGCACAAUUUUUUGGAAAAAAAACUUUUACUUACUUUCAACACAACAUCACCAUCAACCUUCCUUCAUCUCAUUUGCCCUCCUAGACUGUAAGAAGGGCCCAUUUAUUCCAUGCAUAAUCCGUGUGAAGUGUUGUGAACGUUCAAAGGCAGCCAUGCGAAUGCUGAGCAUUGUGCCAAUUUUACAGAUUGGGAAAAGCGAGGCAGAGAAGUUGAUUGCCCAAGGUCGCCUGACAGCUUCUGUUGUGAACUGAGCUACAAUCUGAAUCUAGGCAACACAGAUCUGUGACCACUAGGCCUUAUUGUGUGGGGAAUGGGAACGAAGCAUCACAGGGCAUAGUCUGCAUGGACUGUUGUUUCCUUCAGCUAACGGUUGUGGGGGGAGGACAUGGGGCAGGGGUCAUUUUGGCACUGAAGUCAGACUGAAUUGGCCCUAGCUGAGACAGGAUUGAGGGUGUUGCUCUAGGGAACUGGUUGCCCCAUAUGGGAAAGAAAAUAAAUGUUAGGGUGGGGCAGGGUUGCUUUUCUGGCAACUCCAGUUCCCCAACCGGCUGAGCCUCAUGCCUGCCCCGUGAUUACACUUGAUCUCCCCAUCCGCCCACAGAGUUAAAUCUCAAGCUCUUCCUUCCCCCCGGCCAACCCAGAGCUGCUCCCCAGAACCAAUGCUUUUGCUUGGGAGGUGGCGACAAGAACGUCACACUUGCUAUAGUAACAUCUCCGGUCUCCCAUUAUCUCCAUUCAUAAUAAGUUAGCCGGUGUGUCAUCUCGUUGGCUGUUUCCCGGACUCCUGGCUCCCAACCUCUCCUUCCUGUCCCCUCCCCACAAGGGCAGUGCAGAUCUUCUGUGCUAGAGAUCAUAGUCGCCCUGAGUUUGUAUGUAUAUAUAUCUCCUCCCAUAUAGCUGGUGGGUCCAGAUUCACAGUUCCAGCCCUCAGCUUUUAGCUUAGCCUGCUCUUCCCAGAGCCAGACACCACACCACUUCUGGAAUCCAUGGAGCCUUGGGACAUGGGAAGCUGCUCUAUAUAUACUAGGUCAGACGAUUUCUCUAUCUAGUAUUGAGUAUUGUCUUCUCAGAAUGACAGGUGCUGUCCAGGUUCUCAGGUGUCGUCCAUCACCUACCUAAGGACUGAAUUUGGGUUCUUCGACAUGCACAGUGUGUCCUUUAGCUGUGAUGUCAGCUGUGCAACUUUUGGGAUGAAAUACUCUGAUUUCCCUGUCCCCCUGCCUUUGAGUCAGACACACAUUUCUUUACUUUUCACCUGUAGAACUCCAGAGUUCAGGGGUAUUAUUUGGAGGGUUUUGUUGUUGAUGAUGGUGAUGUUAAUUUGGCGGAUCUUAUGAUUUAUGUGGAAACUGGUUGUGUACUUUUUGAUGUUUUGCUUAUUGUUUAGGACUAAUGAUAGAUAUAUAAUCUUAAUUGCCAAAUGGAACCUUAAACCUAAGCUGCAGACACCACAAUGGAAUGUCUAUGUGGCGUUCCCCCACCUCAGUGGGAUUUAUCUAUUUAUUAUUAUUAUUAUUAUUAUUAUUAUUAUUAAUAUUAAUAUUGUUGUUGUUAUUAUUAUUAUUGUUAUUAUUUAUUUAUUCCAUUUCCGGACUGCUUUAUAGUUUAAUGAAACAAAUCUCAAAGUGGUUUACAGCACAUUAAAACAUCAAAUAAGACAGUCUGAAAUAAAACUAGUUCCAGCUCCCAGGAAAAUAUUUCAGAUGCUUCUCUAAGAGACAUGUUGCUCCACUUGGUCAAAAUGGGAACACAAAACAUUCCCAGCAACUGGCAGAUUCCAAACACUGUUUAUGACUACCUUUGUUAAGUUUGUAGUUCUGUAAUUUGUGUGUGUGUGUGUGUGUUGUAAGACUCCUUACGUGGUUUUGACUUUGGAAAGGCGGCAUACAAAUAAAAUGAUUUUUUUAAAAAGGACUUUCCUCCUCUCUUUCUCUUUCUCUCUCCAGGAUCUGGGGCUAAACGUCCCUGAGAGCCUCCAGUCUUUCCCUGAGGAGCCCCCCCGGGGGCAGCCCUCCCCACCCCCCUUGGCAUGAUGAUGUGCGAGGUGAUGCCGACCAUCAAUGAGGACAACCGCCGCGGCUCGGCCUACGGGGCCGACGACGCCAACUUUGAGCAGCUCAUGGUCAACAUGCUGAAUGAGCGUGAGCGGCUGCUGGAGACCCUGCGCGACACGCAAGAAAGCCUGGCCACCUCCCAGCUGCGACUGCGCGAACUGGGCCACGAGAAGGAGUCCCUGCAGCGCCAGCUCAACAUUGCCCUCCCGCAGGUCAGGAAUGGGGUUGGGGGGUGUUUGCGUGUGUGUGAAGGACGGCGGGGGAAGACUGCUGGGCUUGCUGGGAGAUCUGGGAAGAGGAGUCACUGGUUGGAAGUUCAAAGCGUUGUUGGCUGUGGCCACGCUCACACCACCCAUUUAAAGCGCUAUGAUACCACUUCGAACAGUCAUGGCUUCCCCCAAGGAAUUAAGGGAGCUGUAGUCCGCUAAGAGUGCUGAGCAGUGUUAGAAACUCAGAUAUAUAAUCUAAUCUCCAAAUGGCACCUUAAACCUAAACUGCAGUCGCUACAAUGGAAUGUCUAGGAACUUUUUUCCUCUUCCAUGGUAUGUAUGUACAUAUGUAUGUAUGCAUAUGUUAUUUCCAUACCGCUUUAUAUUUUUAAAGAACAAAUCUCAAAGCGGUUUACAACACAUUAGAACGACAAAAAAAAAAAAAAAACCAAAUCCAGGAGAAAACUACUGUACUUUUCCAUCAAUAAUAAUAAUAAUAAUAAAUUUUAUUUAUACCCCGCCAUCCCCGGCCAAAGCCGGGCUCAGGGCAGCUAACACCAGUAAAAUUACAGUGGUGCCUCGCAAGACGAAAUUAAUUUGUUCUGCGAGUUUUUUCGUCUUGCGAAUUUUUCGUCUUGCGAAGCACGGUUUCCCAUAGGGUAUUAACGGUUUUAAGAAAAAGGAAACAAACUUGCAAGACUUUUUCGUCUUGCGAAGCAAGCCCAUAGGGAAAUUCGUCUUGCGAAGCAACUCAAAAAAUGAAAAACUCUAUCGUCUUGCACGUUUUUCGUCUUGCGAGGCAUUCGUCUUGCGAGGUACCACUGUACAGUAAAAACAUAAUAGGGAAAAAAAACCUAUUUAAAAUACAGGUUAAAAUGCAAUUUAAAAUGCAGCCUUAUUUUAAAAGUAGUCCAUAGAUCAAAACCAUAAGGGGAGGAAAGACAUAAGGGUCAGACUGAGUCCAAACCAAAGGCCAGGCGGAACAGCUCUGUCUUGCAGGCCCUGCGGAAAGAUGUCAAGUCCCGCAGGGCCCUAGUCUCUUGUGACAGAGUGUUCCAUCAAGUCGGGGCCAGUACUGAAAAGGCCCUGGCCCUCGUUGAGACCAAUCUAACCACCUUGCAACUUGGGACCUCCAAAGUGUUGUCAUUUUGGACCUUAAGGUCUUCUGCGGGACAUACCAGGAGAGGCUGUCCCGUAGGUACGUGGGUCCUAACCUGACCCUGUACUCCACCGGGAGACACCCCCAAAUCCGCAUCCCGUCUGUCCCCUCGCCGGCAGAAGCUGCCAAUUGCCCAUAGCAACCAAUCAAACGUCCGCCCUAUGCACUACCCAUGCAUAAGGCGACCCCCACUUAAUUAAAGCGACAAUGAAAAUAUUUCAGAUCCUUCUCUGAGUGACAUUUUGCUUUCCCCAGUCGCAUGAUUGAAUGGGACCUGCGCCAAUCGUCAAACGGGCCCGGCUAAUUUCGAACGCUGGUGCUAAAGAGUUGUUAGGAGGCCCCAGUUCCCCUUCCAGAGCUAAAGUUCUCAGAGUUGCCUGUGAAAAGAAAUUGAUUAUUAAAUUACUCUGGGAAUUGUAGUUUGGGGAGGUGGGGAAUAUGGGUCUCCUAACAGCCCUCAGCACCCUUUACAAACUACAGCUCCCAUAAUUCCUUGGGGGAAGCCAUGACUGUUCAAAGUGGCAUUGUGGUGAUUUAAAGGGACGGUGCGAAUGUGGCUUGCAAAGGUCUGGCAUGCAGAUGGGUUGUGCUGAGGGCAUGGCUUCCAAAGGAGAACCCCUGGUGUUCUGGUGUAACUUUAGCAAGAGGAGGCCGUGUCCACUGAAUAAAGGUAAAGGGACCCCUGACCAUUAGGUCCAGUCAUGGCCGACUCUAGGGUUGCGGUGCUCAUCUCGCUUUACUGGCCCAGGGAGCCGGCGUACAGCUUCCGGGUCAUGUGGCCAGCAUGACUAAGCUGCUUCUGGCGAACCAGAGCAGCGCACGGAAACGCCGUUUACCUUCCCGCUGGAGUGGUACCUAUUUAUCUACUUGCACUUUGACGUGCUUUCGAACUGCUAGGUUGGCAGGAGCAGGGACCGAGCAACGGGAGCUCACCCCGUCACGGGGAUUCGAACCGCUGACCAUCUGAUCGGCAAGUCCUAGGCUCUGUGGUUUAACCCACAGCGCCACUAGUGUGCACCAAUGUUUCUUUUUCAAGUGGGGUGGUUAGAAGGGUUCUUAGGUCUUCUGUGGUGACCCCAGAAGCUCCUGUUUUUGUUCUUUUUGGUUCUGUAUAACUUGGUUUGCUUUAGAACUGGACAAACCACAAGUGUACAAAAUGGGAGGUGACACUAUAUCAGAAGCAGAGGACUGGCAGACCCUCCCAAGUCUCCCUAUUUUCCAAGGACAGUCCCAGAUUUACAGAAGCCGUCCUGGUUUCUGAUUUGAUCCCAGAAUGCCCCACUUUUCCUUAAAACGGGAAUCAGAGGGUGAAGUUCGUGGAUUUCAUUAUGUGUCCUCCGUUAGUUGAGCGCUGGUGCUGAUUUCCCGGUCCAUAGCAAUCGCAAGCAGAUGACCCCAUGUGGGCAAGCCAGAAAGCAGGCCAAGCCAGGAAAUCAGCAGCCACUUAUAGGUGUGACUGCAUAUAUGCAUGGUGCCAGGAAAAUAGAUAAAUAAAUAGAAUCACACCAGGAAAUGGCAGGAGAGAGCUGGAGAGUCCUCUUGACUUGUGAGGAGACGCUCCCUGGAGGCAAAAGAGGGUGUCAUUGAUGGUGGAGGAAUCCCUAAGAGACCUGUUUAGGCUUCUCAGCCUCCCCGCCUAACAGCUGAUGUGCGGGGUAGCACAGCAGCAAUAGCAGUUGCGUUCCUGCGUGGCCUCCACCCAGCCUCAGAGCUUCAACUCUAGAUAUUAUGGUCUGGAUUGGAGAGAGCGUGGGGAGAGAGCAGGAGGAAAUUGGCAUUUGGAGGCUUUUUAGAGGAUGUUCCCCACUUUAUGUGAUUUUGCUUAUAUGUGUGGGGUCCUGGAACGUUACCCUCACCUACAUGGGGAGACGCCUGUACAGUGGUACCUUGGGUUACAUAGGCUUCAGGUUACAUAUGCUUCAGGUUACAUACGCUUCAGGUUACAGACUCCGCUAACCCAGAAAUAGUACCUCGGGUUAAGAACUUUGCUUCAGGGUGAGAACAGAAAUCGUGCUCCGGCAGCGCGGUGGCAGCAGGAGGCCCCAUUAGCUAAAGUGGUGCUUCAAGUUAAGAACAGUUUCAUUAAGAACGGACCUCUGGAACAAAUUAAGUACUUAACCCGAGGUACCACUGUACUCUGCAUUCCAGAAAGGGAUGGUAUAGUUUAAGUGUGGGGAACCUUUGACCUUCCAGAUCUUGCUGAACUACAGUUUUCAUCAUCCCUGGCCAUUGGCCGUGCUUUUUGGGUCUGAUCUGGAGGGCUAUAGGUUCCCCACACCAGGCAUAGUUGUAGGGUUGGAAAGGGGAUGUCCUGGACGUGAGAGAGUUUGGGACAUUUUUCAUGGUUCGGACAGAUUGAGUCCUGCCUCAGGUAUAUAGAUUCAUUCUGAGGAGCAACGAAGGAUCCAGCCUUGUUCAUUCUGUGUCAUUACCGUGAUGCUAAAGUGCAGAUGGGGCUAUAUUCAUUUAUUAAAGGAACUUUUAUCCCACUCUUAAAAAAAAAAAAAAAAAAAAAAAAAGCCUCCGAGAGCGGCUUACAGAUCACCAGGAAGGAAAAUACAGUCUCUGCCCUCAGGCUUACAAUCUUAAAAGACACGACAUACACAAGAAACUGUAGGAGGGUUACAGCAGCUGCAGGUUUUUUCUUUUGCUAGAUUCCCUUCUACCACCACACCCCUUCAGUGUUCCUGCUCGCAGAUGUUAAACCACCAACUCAUUACUCAUAGGUAGCAAGUUUGACUUUUUAAUGCCAUUUCGAUGCUGGCACCUUCUGGAAACUCAGAUGCAAGCUACAGAUGUAGGAGAUGGGGUUGGGUAGAGUCCUGGAUAACUUUUUAGUUGCUGCAGUUCCAUCUUAGAAGUAGCUUCUUAUUAUUUCAGGGUGCCAGGGGAAACUGAUGGAAAGGAACACAGAAAAGUUAUGUUCACAGUGAAUCAUAGUGACCUUAUAUGGAUCAGAUGUGGGGAGUCUUUGGGCUGGGGUCUAGAUUUGUCCCACCAGGUAUUCACAUUUGGUCCAUGAGGCGUUUCCCCCCAAAUCAUGGCCAUCGACCUCACAGCUGAUUCCCUAUGUGAUGUUCCUGAAGUCUGUUUGACUUCUGAAAUGUUUGAAAACCAAGGCGCAGCUUCUGAUUGGUGCAGGCGCCCCGGAAACAAUAGCCUACAGCCUCAUCGGAUGUUCGGCUUCCGAAAAACGUUCGAAAACUGGAACACUCACUUCUGGGUUUUUGGCGUUUGGGAACCAAGGCGUUUGAGUACCAAGGUGUUUGAGAACCAAGGUACCACUGUAUAAUGAUACAUAUUAUUUGUCCAUGCAUUUUUGGAACCUUUUUUUUAAAAAGGUAGUUAGCUAGUAUUCUAAACUUUAAUCAGUAGAAUAGCCAACAAAAGCCAUGGUUGACUAAUCCAAAAGGACAAUUGGGGUAGGAUUGGGGUCAGGGUCUUAGCUAAGGAUCACAGCAUUGGGUUAGGGUCAUAACUAAGAAAUAAGGGUAUACUUAUUUGAGAACCGUUCUUGGUUCUGGUACAAGUGUAAUAGAGAACGAAGAGGAAGAUACUGUAUUGAAAGAGCAGUAGCUUUUGCUUAUGUAUCAAUUAGUAAUCUCACUCUUCCUUCAGUAUAUUAUAAAAACACUUGUAUUCAGGCUUUGUUAAUAUAACUAUUGACUCUCAUCUAAAUAUUUAAAGUGCAAUCUGAUGCAUUUCUGCUCAAAGUAAGUCCCAUUGAAUUCAAUGGAAUUUUCUCCCAAGUAAGUUGUAUAGGAUUGCAGCCACGUUAAUCGGUUAAGAAAAUGUUGCUCCUAUUCUUUCUUUAAUAAAGAUGAUGAUGAUGAUGAUGAUGAUGAUUAGUAAGUGAGGGGUUUUUUUAUGCAGGUCAGAAGAAUGAGGGGUGGUAUGAUGGGAGGUUAUAAAAUCACCAGUAUAUUACGAAAGUGAAUACAUUUGCAAUUUUCUUCUUCACUUCGAAACUAAAUCGGGAAGCAGAGAUGACCAGCAAUAAAAUAGCAACAGAAACAUAAUAAGUUAGGAUGGGCUAAUCAUCUGCCUGAACUUUUCGAAUGUCCCCAAAACCUUAAUUUAAGGAUUACAUAGGGAAUGGAAGACCUGAUUAACUCCAAGGGCCCUGAAAAUCCACAUAGCUGUGAUGGAAUCCAAUGACUCUAUUAGAAUUCAGAAAAUGUCAAGUUGCCUCUUCCCCACCCACCCACCUCCCCUGUCUGGCUUCAAAGUAAGUCCUAAAUCUCAGAGAAGAGGCUGAAAAUGUAUUUAUUGGCAGUUCUAGCCAAAAAGGGUUAGGAGAAGCACGAGGGGGGAAAUCUGGAUAGCUGGGGUGAUACGACUUAAACACAAGUCUUUGGGCUUUUAAAACCAGUUCAAUAUUUAUCAAGGUAUAUAAUUUAAAACAUACAAAGGAAAGUAUAAAGCACUUAACUUUAUUUUCUGGAUGGGCGUGUUCAGAUAGCUGUUUCCGCAUAUGUAGAUAAUAUGAGGCAUUUCAUAUUAAUUAUCUUCAUAUGUUGCCCUCAUUCCAUGUGCAGAAUUUGGGGUUGUUUUUUUCCGCAGCACAGAUAAAAUAGUUGAAUAAAAAGGUAAAGGGACCCCUGACCAUUAGGUCCAGUCGUGGCCGACUCUGGGGUUGUGGCACUCAUCUUGCUUUAUUGGCCGAGGAAGCCGGCGUACAGCUUCCCGGUCAUGGUGCCAGCAUGACUAAGCCGCUUCUGGCGAACCAGAGCAGCACACGGAAAUGCCGUUUACCUUCCCGCCGGAAGCUGCUCAAAUAGUUGAAUACUGUACUAUAAAAUUACCUCUGGACUAUUGUGUUUUCGAGGAACAGUUAUAGCAAUCCUGCAGUCUCUGAAACAUUAGGCCAGGGGUGGGGGACCUGCAGCUCUGUAGGUGUUGUUGAACUACAACUCCCAUGAUACUUGAAUAUUGACCAUGCUGGUUUGCGUUGAUGGGUAUUGGAGUCCAACGACACCUGAAGGCCACAGGUUCUCCAUACCUCCUUUUAAGUGCUUCAUAAAGGAUGCUAAGGGGGACGCGGGUGGCACUGUGAGUUAAACCACAGAGCCUAGGACUUGCCGAUCAGAAGGUCGGUGGUUCGAAACCCCGCAACGGGGUGAGCUCCCGUUGCUCGGUCCCUGCUCCUGCCAACCUAGCAGUUCGAAAGCACGCCAAAGUGCAAGUAGAUAAAUAGAGGGUAAACGGUGCUUCCGUGCGCUGUUCUGGUUUGCCAGAAGUGGCUUCGUCAUGCUGGCCACAUGACCCGAAGCUGUACGCUGGCUCCCUCGGCCAAUAAAGCGAGAUGAGCGCCACAACCCCGGAGUCGGCCACGACUGGACCUAAUGGUCAGGGAUCCCUUUACCUUUACCUUUAAAGGAUGCUAACCUUGCAGAUAUACAAAGUGGCCAGAGAACAGCAGAAGAAAACGUUAUCUAUAAUGGAUCUAUAUGAACUGAAUCGAAAUCAGUAUAGUGUGGUUAUUUUUUUACAAAGGACUCUCGUUGGACUCAGAAAAACAGGAGCAUUGUUUCUCAGAUGAAGUAAGACUAUCAGGGAGACAGCUGAAGUGUGAUAAUGGAUGACUUCCAGCUACCCUCAGAUUGACUGGAUGAAUGUAAAUUCACAUAGUGACAAAAGACUAUUUCUAGAUACAACGAGUGAUUGUAUUUUGGAACAGUUAGUCAUGAAGCAGACAAGAGAAGGGUCAACGGUUGAGUCUUCUUGGUGGUGUCAGGUCUAGCACCAGUUGCAAGUGUUGUUGAAUUGCUUGGAGAUGAUGACCACUGUUGUGACGUGGGGUUUGUGAUUUCAGCUCUCCUGAUAUAACAUGCUGGAGACAGUCUCUAGUAACACUUCUUUAUUAAAGCAACAAGACUCAAGACUGGGGAGAGGAAAGCUACAUUUAUAGGGACAGAGAACUAGCAAGAAAGGAUACAUUUUGGAGGGAACAAUAUCACGCAAUCACAGUCCUGCCUUUUGGAGGGAACCAAUAAGACAGAGGAUCCAAAUACAGCAGCUUAAAUGAACCAAUAGUAGCUGUACCCUCUGGAACCAAAAGGCAGUUACUUUACCCUAAUGCAAAUACAGACAAUAAUAAUACAGAUAUAAAAUCCUUUGACUCAAUACACAACACCCCUUCCCCCCUAGUGAGCACAGCAGACGUAAUCUCUCAGGUACUGUGGGGGCCUACAACUUCUACUUGAUCUCCUGACAACAGGUGUUGCAGGUUCUGGAUUGGGUGUUACCUGUGGUAGAGGGGCUGCUCUAGGGGUUUCGUCAGGAACAGAUGGAGUCCCCGACAUCUCAGGGUCCCCUAUCUGUACCUCGUCAUCGUGAGGACUAGCAGACCCUGGUUCAUUUGUUAAAGCCCCUGGUGAUUGCACCUCUGGGCCAUUUUCACUCUGGUCUUGCAGCUCUGCGUCGUUAGCCAGGGAUGAAUUAUCUGGCUCCUCCCUGCUGAGCGCCCGGCGCCUCAGCUGAUCUAUAUGUCUCUUCCACACUUGCCCAUUUUCCAAGGUCACAUAAUAGGACACAGGUCCACUAGCCCGGGUGACCACACCAGCCACCCACCGCGAACCUCGUGAAUAGUUCCUCACCCAGACCAGAUCUUCAGGGGCGAGAUACCUUGUUGUGUCA